CUACAGCAAAAUAUAUAAACAACAAGAGGUGCUUUUGCUGCGUCUGUUAAACACGCAAUCAUUUAUUGGCAUUUCUUCCUUUUUGUGUGUAAUGUAGGAAAGUUGUUGUUAUUCAAGUAUAUAUCAACAGUAACCAAAGAGAGCCAACAGAAAGUGAUAUUUUAACAAUAUUUUCUGCACUUGUCCUUCACGGUUCAGAUGGAUUAAAUGACGCGCGCAUUUAAGAAAGCGAAAGUAAAAGUGUUUAUUCAGGCGUGGCCUCUUAUGAAAGACUGUCGAGGUCGAGUAAACUAAUUUUAAUGAUAAAAUUAUGAUUUUAUUAUAGCUUUUUCUUUGAACAAAGUAUGGACAUUAAGUUUAUUCAUAUAUCGAUGCUUCUGAUGAUCGCUGAUGGCUUCACUGUGCACGGUCCCUCUGAUCCUCUGGUUGCUCCUCUGGGAUCUUCAGUGGUUUUGCCCUGUUAUGUUGAUGAACCUUUACCAGUGAACGAUCUGGAGGUGGAAUGGAGAAGAACAGACUCAGAGACUCCAGUUCAUUUGUUUCUGGAGGGUGAGAGUCGACCAGAAGCCCAGCAGCAGGAGUAUCAUGAUAGAGCUCAUUUCUUUACUGAUCAGAUUCAGCAUGGAAACUUCUCCCUCCGUCUGGACAAUCUGACAGCUGAAGAUGAGGGAGAAUACACAUGUAAAGUUCACAGUCAGCAGGAAUCUAGUGAAACUGUGGUUCAAAUAUAUUUUGAGCGUUUGCUAGUAUCAGGAUCAGAUGAGUCCAUAUCUGUGUCUGUGGGUGAGGACGUCACUCUGAGCUGCUCUGUAGACUCUCACAUCAAACCUGAACACAUUGAAGAGGUUUCAUGGAAGAAAACAAAUGAAGAUGAAGAUGUUCUGGUUCUGCUCUACGAAAACAAUGAAACUUUACCAGAUUCAUCAGAUGAGCAAUACAGAGACAGAGUUGAGUUCUUCACUGAUGAAAUCCCCAAAGGAAACUUCUCUCUCAGACUGAAGAGUGUCAGAACUGAGGAUAAAGGAGUUUACAUGUGUCAAGUGUUUGCUGGAGGACUUUCAGCCAAUGCAACUGUAGUACUGGAGCAACUGGGUUUCUCUGUUUCACACAUAAUGGUGUUGAUUCUCUGUGUUUCUGGAUCUGGAUCUGCACUUCUGCUCUGCUGUCUGAUCUACUGCAGAACACAAAAUGGUUUCACUGUGACAUAUUAUCAAGACACACUUGUUGAUCUGGGAUCUUCAGUGGUUUUGCGCUGUUAUAGUAUUAAACCUUUACAAGUGGAGGAUCUGAAGGUGGAAUGGAGAAGAACAGACACUAAAGCUCUGGUUCAUCUGUAUCAAGAUGGAGAGAGUCGACAGCAGCAGGAUUAUCAUGAUAGAGCUCAUUUCUUUACUGAUCAGAUUCAACAUGGAAACUUCUCCCUCCGUCUGGACAAACUGAGAGCUGAAGAUAAAGGAGAAUACACAUGUAAAGUUUACAGUCAGCAGGAUUGUGUGUUUUCAACUCAGAUUACUCUGGAGGAUUCUUUUCUCUCUUCGUAUUUCUAUGUGAAAGUUUCCUCUGCGCCUCUGGUUUUUCCUCCAAGAUCUUCAGUGGUUUUGCCCUGUUAUUGUGAUAAACGUUUACCAUCAAAUGAUCUGGAGGUGGAAUGGAGAAGAACAGACUCAGACACAGACUCAGAUACAGACUCAGACUCAGAGACACUGGUUCAUCUGUAUCAAGAUGGAGAGAGUCAACCAGAAAAACAACAUAAGGAUUAUCAUGAUAGAGCUCAUUUCUUUACUGAUCAGAUUCAACAUGGAAACUUCUCCCUCCGUCUGGACAAACUGAGAGCUGAAGAUGAGGGAGAAUACACAUGUAAUGUUUACAGUCAGGAAAAUUGUGUGUUUUCAACUGAAAUUUAUUUGGAACCGAAACUACUUGAUUCAUUCCUCCAUCUUCAUCUGUCUCUAGCCGUCUGUCCAAAUAUGAUCAUGUUUUUUGCUUUUGUCUUCUGGGGUGUUUCUGAAGGAUCUGUGAAUGAGACGGUCUGUUGUUGUGCUCUUUAUUUUCUGAGACCUCUCCUGAUACUCUGGGCGGCUCCAUAUAUUAAUAAGUUUACAGGCAAGAUUAAAACAUGGAUUCUGGAAUACAGUUAUGUUGCAGAAUAUGUUGUUCUCUCAGUUGUUGCUUAUUCAGCUCUUUUUUCGACUGCUUGGCAAAAACUUCUGAAUUUUGCUGUAUUUGACAGAGUCGUGAUUAUAGUCCUGUUUUCAGUCGUGUUUCUGUGCUGCUUCUGCAAAAUCAUUUACCUUUUAGUCACAGAGAUCGUAAAGAAAAAAGGACGGAUAAUUGAAAUAUUUGACCUCGUGGCUGAUAUGAUCUCUGAUAUUCUGCCUACUUUACAAUUCAUCCUCCUGUUUUACACGUUUGGAUCUGCUGGAGCAGGAUUCAUCAUCAUUGUCAUUUUACCAGUGUUUCUGAUGAUGACGAAUGACAGAUGGUUUUAUAGAUGCAGAGUGAGACUCGGCUGUUCAGAUUCAGUCAUAAGAACAGUGAUGAUGAUCUUCACAUUAGUGAUGAAUGCAGUGAUGAUCGGUUUUUACAUCAUGACACUCGAGAAAACUACAGAUCCCAUCGGAUGGGGCUGUGUGCUGGUGUUCCUGCAGAUUCUCUGGACAGUUAUAAAGUUCACAGAUCCAUAUUAUUAUUUCUCUUUAUCUCAAGGGAACUCAACUCUGCGUUGCCACGCUUUGGGGAACGUCACACGUGACUGGGUGUCUGAAAAACCAACUAUCCAACAACGCCAAUGCUCAUUGGCCGGCGACAGCCUAUGACGUCAUAGGGGCGCGACCCGGAUGUAUAAAAGCGCGCCCGCGGGAGCAGUCAUUAUCUUUUCGUCUUUCAGGGACUGCCUGUGUCUUGCCACUGUCCGAUUUCUCUAAUUCAAAACUGUGAGUAUCUAGAACUAUGUCUGAGGGCAAAGGUUUUAGGAAGUGUGCGGAUCCUUGUCCGAGGUUUCUGACCCCGGAGGAUCCUCAUACCCUAUGUGUGUUAUGUCUGGGAGAAGAGCACGCACGGUCGGCGUUUGAGAACACUGGCUGUGAGCUGUGUGAGCGUUUUCCCAUGAGAACGCUCCGUUCCCGCCUGACGCUCUUCUCGAGGGGAGAGACGUCUACACCUGUGCCCGGUGGAUCUGGUCCUGCUCGUGCUGAGGCCGAGCGGCGGCUGCAUUCAUGGGGGUCACAGGUGGAGCUCGCCGCUAAGUUUGAGAGAGGUGUCACGGUCUCUCAACCUCAAGCGGCGGCUGGCGGGGAUGAGCUGCUGGAUGACGAUGAUGCCAUCUCCUUGACAUCAUCGGAUCCAGGAGCGAUUGCUCUUCUGGCUGAGAGCCCCCGAGAGCAGGAGAUGGCGUUGGAAGAGGAAGAAGUGACUGAGGUUGCUUCUUUCCCUUCCAAGCCUCCCUGUCCAGCAUAUGUGGAAUUAUUGGAGGUUGUGGAACGCGCUGCAGGCAGGCUGCAGCUGCCGUGGCAGCGCGUCAGGAAAGAGCCCGUUCGUGGCAGAUUGGACGAACGUUUUCUAUCUGACCACAACCCUAUAAUUCCUGCGAGCCUUCCAUUCCUUCCCGACCUACAUGUUGAGGUGGGGAAGGCAUGGAAGAACCCAUACUCGGCCAGGAUUCAUUUGCAUCAGCGGGGGAAUUUCGCUGAUGUGGAGGAAUUGGGCCAGCAUGGGUAUGUGUCGAUGCCCCCCAUUGACGAGACGUUU